AUGAUGCGGCCAACGAGCUCGCCAUCAGUAGGUGGACCAGCGGUGCUCUGGCGCGGGUGGCUGCGCAAGCUCGGGCGCUUCAGCAAACGCUGGCAGCGCCGGUACUUUGUGUUUGUAAAAGGCACGGACGCCAAGGAGCUGCGCUACUACGACUCGACCACGGCGACGCACCCGGAAGGUGUCAUGUCCCUCGCCGACGCGACGGGCGUUUGCUACUUGGACACGGUGCAGGCACGGUCGCCGUCGCCUGGCGAAGCUGCGUCGUCCGACCAUAAGUUUGCCAUCUUGACGGCCGAGAACGUCUGGCUCUUGGGCUUCAACGAUGCCGAGUCGGCGCAAGAGGACGGUUUGGCACUUCUCGGCGCGCUCUCGGCCUUCUAUCCGCUUGUCGACGUGCUGCACGCUGGGUAUCUCUCCAAGCGGCGUGAGCGUACGGUCCAGAGUCCCAAGAGUAUCAUCGCCUACUGGAAGCGGCACUUUUUCGUCUACUUGGCGUCCGGGGACCUGCUCUACUUUAACGACGACAGACGCGUCGACGUCAAGCAUGCGCCGACCGUGCGCGUCACGGGCGAGCAGCAGUCGCUUCUUCGCGCCAAGAAAGAAACCGGCUUUUUCAAACUCUCCAAGAUGCGCGCGUUGGAACACGGCAGCUGCCUCAUUUGGAUUGCCACGCCGCCGUCCAAAAUGUUUGUGCUGCAGAUCUACGACGAGAAAGAUCGAGUCGCGGGCGUGUCGGCGAGCGCCAAGAAAUGGCUCUCGCUGCUCUUGCAAGGCCACGCCGAGACCAAGUACGUGCAGCUCGAGCAGUGCUUUACCUCCAACAAUUACGAUCAAACCACCGAGGUGGUCUCGGCGCUGCGCGUCGGCAUCCCGGACGAGCUCCGCGGCGCGCUCUGGAAAGGCUUCUCUGGCGCGUAUAACGCCCACGCCUCCGCCGCCGCUCGGUCACCGAUCAACGCGUACACGAGUACUAUUACGAACCCGGCGAUCGAAGCGAUGGUCCUCGACCGGCUCCAGGCGCUGUCCGUCCAUGGCGCCAAGCACCCGACGCGCUCAGGCAGCGACACGGACGACGACAUACCCACAAGCGAUCGCGGCGCCAAAAAGGCGUCUGCAUAUCCCAGUGACGCGAUCGUGUCCGAGUGGGAGCUCGCAAGUCGCCGCCGCCUCCUUGUCGCUCUCGCUCGCUACAAACCGUACUGCCAUCCGUGUCCGUGGCGCGUCACGUGUCUCCUCUUGGCCUAUCUCGACGAGGAGAGUGCGUUCUGGGUCGUCAAUCGCUUGCUCGACCACAUCUUGCCGGGGUACUUUCACGGGUAUCGCCCAGCGCUUCUCGUUGACGUGGCCGUCUUUCGAGCGCUUCUGCACGACCAAGCGCCGUCCCUCUGCCAUCAUUUGGACACGCUGGGCUUUCCGCUCGACGCGCUCGUCCAGCGCUGGUUCAUCUCGGUGUUUACCGCCACGCAGCUACCGCUCUCAACGGUGCUUCGCAUUUGGGACCUCGUCUUCGCCCAAGGACUGCGCAUUCUGUUUGGGAUUGGCAUCGGCCUGCUGCUCAAGGCGGACGAGCACCUCUUUGGCGCGGCGACCGUGCCGGACGUGUGGUUGGCGCUGCAUGCGUCCGAGCGCAGCACGGUGGACGCCGACGGCCUCUUUGCCCACGUGUUCAAAGACGAUCUGCACAUGCCAUGGCUCACGGACGAUCUGCUGGAGCGACUACGGCAGCACGAGCGCACGACGCUUUUAACAUCGAUUGCGAGUCGGAUUGCCAGCUGCCAUGCCAAGCUAAGUGUGCUAAGCCGGGCCCAAGAAACGUACCAGUCGCUUCUCCAAGCCGUCGAGAUCUACGACGAGCUCGGCAACCAGGAGGUCAUGGGCACGCUUCGUCGCCAGCUCGGCGACGCGGACGCAACCGCGAUGGAGCUUGUGGUUGCUUUCAAAGAGCACCAAGCGCGGUGGGUCGCCUUGUCCAGCCAGGUGGCCGCGUGUCCGCUGGGACUCCACGGGCAUGCGUCAGACGUCCAGAGCUGGCUCACGCAAGUCAAAGAAGGCAAGAUCUCGGGGGCGGGGACUGACGCCGCCGCGAACCAAGCGUUCGCGUGUCUCUUCCCGUCCGACGCGCCGCUGCCCGACCCGUUUGAGCUCUCGAUCGACACGAUGGCGGAGCGCUUCUUGUUCGGGCUCGUCAUGGUCGCCAAGAGCGCAUGCGCGGCGCGACUGUACUUUUUGGCCGCGCGCCAAGUCGCGUGGUGGCAUCGUGGGCAGUGGCUCUCGACCGCAAGCGUCGAGAAGAAGGCGUUCGUGGCCGACGUCGGCGGUGGCCUCGAGCCAAAGGACUAUGGCGUCGCCGAAGGGCAGUUCCUCGAACGCGCCGAGCGUCUCCAAAUGUGUCUGCAGCAUUUUGCGACCGCCGACGGCGGGCCACUCCAAGCGACGGCCGAUCUCAUGGCGGUCGAUCUCAAGGAGAGCUUUUUACGGGUCGAGAGCGCGAUCCGAGGCCCGUCCUGGCUGCCAUAG